AUGCGUGGACCGUCUAAACUUGGAUGGUCGAUUAUUGGCGGUAUCUCUGCCUUAAUCUUACUUGGAUACAACCUUGGUUAUGGCAAGCAUACGUUUGAGAACUUGAAUGUGUUGACAGAUCCGAUUAAAAAGAUUGACGAGAAAUGUCAGUGUGAAGGAGAGAAUGUAAGCUAAAUUUUCAUUGGUUUUGAGGUUUAAGUGCAGAUAAGAAUCUCCUUGAUCAGUCAAACAAACGGCAACGGAGAAAAGAGGCUCAAGUUCUGUCCCUGUUCCAAGUGAUAAAAAAUAUCGAAAAAGUUAUCAAAGAGACCUAAAUUUGAUAACAAAAAGAGUAUCAUGAAGGCAUAAGGAAACUGUUGGUUUUAAAAAAAGGAUAAAUGUAAGAAAUUUCUCAUCAAAAUCAACAGAUUUUUAUGUCUUUGUGAAAAUUUUUUGAUAUCAAAUUUUUGAGACAUUUAGCCCUGUCUUACUUGGUUCUCAUAUUGGCGUCCGACGCGCUCCAUAAAAUAAUUUUUACGCAAUUUUAACGCAAAGUCCUUGCAGUUCUGCUUCCCAGGCCUCAAUGAAUCACUGGAGCGAGAAUAUGGCCGACCAUUUCCCUGCGAAUAUUAUAAUUACCUAAAAGAUUUUCACAUUACGGAAGCUGAUAUCACCAGUUUGAAAACAAAUGGAAUCAAUAAAAUUGAUGACAACUGGAUCCCUGUAUUUGGAAGUGCCGCGUCUUCGGACCAUUUCCCAGAGCUUCGAAAUUUAGUGUUAGAUGUUCGAAAGAGAGUUCCCAAUUCGAAGAUCAUUAUUUAUGAUUUGGGGUUGAAACAAACUGAGGUAAUGUUUUCGAUAUGGUUUGUAUAGACUUCGAUUUCUAGGCCGACGAAGUCAAAUCCUGGUGCAAUGUUGAAUAUCGAAAAUUUGAAUUCAAAAAAUAUCCGGCUCAUGUUCGACACCUCAAAAACUACGCUUUUAAAUUAGUGAUUGCCGAGAUUUUACAAACAGAGCCGAAUUUCUUCUUUUAUGACAGCAGUGUGAGGCUGGAAGGUGACGUUCACAAAAUUAUACCGAAAGCGCUGAAGGAAGGAAAGAUCUUGCCGUUUAUGAACUUCAACUCGGCUGGGCAUAGUGUGUAUGCCACAAUUCAUCAUGGUAAGGUCUUUUGUUUAAAACAUGGACUUUCUUUUUUGAUGCUCUCGCAGGAGAAGUGCUCGAAACUUUUCUGAUCAACUCAAAUUAGAGUAGAAUUUUCUAAUUUAUACGGGGAAUUUUUAAGGCGCGCUUUGCAGAAACCGGCGUCGUCUUAUAGGCGAAUGUUAUUCGAAAUUUGGCAUUUUUUUACAAGUAAAGGAUUUUUCACCACGUGUAUUCCUGUAUUGCUCUCUUCAGGUAUGCUCAGCUACUUGCCAUUUCCCCAAGAAAUUCUGUACGGUCGGGAAUAUCAGAGUCUCCUGUUCGUCUCCGAUUCAGUCUACACUCGUCGAUUUAUCCGCUGGUUUCUCCUUUGUGUCCUCACCAAAGAAUGCAUAUCGCCCAAGGGCGCCACUGUUUCGUGCGACCUCUCCGUGAAGGAGCGAAUCCACAAUAAGAUGGGGAGGAAUUGUCAUCGUUUCGAUCAAAAUUUGUGGAAUUUAAUUCAACUCGGAUAUCUGUUUGACCCAGUUGAACAGGGUGCGGUGUCGUUGGGAUUGGUCGAUAAGUGGGGAAAUGGCGCUGAAUUUAUCAAAAAUGUUCUGAAGAAAAUAGAUGACCGAUAUGUGCCGUUGGGGCUGAAGUUCUCAGUGAAACGAGGCGAUCAGACCAGAGCCCCGAUCAAAGUUGAAUGCAACAAUUUGGUUCUGUAA